AUGACAUACGUUUCCUUGCUGCCGGUUGUUUUAGGAGUUGUAUUUGCCACCGUGGGAGAUUAUUAUUUUACCUCGAUGGUUCUUGGAACAAUAUUAGCAGCAUUAAAAACUGUUGUCACAAAUCGGGUUCAAGUGGGUCGGCUUAAACUUCAUCCUCUGGAUUUGUUAUUACGAAUGUCACCAUUAGCAUUCGUACAAACAGUAAUCUACGCUUACGUUACUGGAGAGCUGAAUCGAGUUCGGUCUUUUAGUCGAACAGAAAUGACAUCAUCAUUGGUUGUUGCUUUGGUGACAAAUGGUAUCAUUGCCUUCUUUUUAAAUUACGUUAGUUUCACAGCUAAUAAAAAGACCUCAGCUUUGACAAUGACCGUAGCUGGAAAUGUAAAACAAGUAUUAUCGAUAAUUUUGGCAGUUGUCAUUUUCAAUCUCACAAUAACUCCAACAAAUGGUCUUGGAAUAUUUUUAACUUUAUGUGGAGGUGCUUGGUAUGCGAAAAUCGAGUUGACCGAACGAACUCACAAACAAGUUCCAAAAGAAUCACCGCCAUUAGAUUGCGACGUGAGAAUUAUGCUAGUAGACACCAAGACAGAAAUAAACAAGUUACCUUUGUCUGAAGAAUUGUUACGUUAUUACAAGGAAAGAGUUGAAAAAGCGGAGCAGGAAUACCAGAAUGCAAUUGAUUCCUUUAAUAAAUGCAAAGUGUCUCAUGAGGAACAUCACAAGUUGACGUGGGAAUUAAAUCAAAGAACCCACGAAAUUUCAGAAUUGCAGAAAACGCUUAGUGAGACACAGUUGUAUUUAACACAAGAAAGGCGUCGUUUAAUGCGAGUAGUCGCGGAAAACGACGAACUACGAGUUCAAGAGGUCCAAGAUCGUAGAAAAAUUCAAUAUUUAUUAUCGAUAACAGCGCCCGAACAAUCGGACGAUGAAAUUGACAAUCAACAUGAUAAAAAUUCUAGUCAUCCUGAUCCUCGAGAUGAUCAAAUCGAGUGCUUAAAUUUGAGAAUAAAAACAUUAAAUACUCAACUCGAAGAGCAGAGGCAUGGGUAUGAAGAAAUUAUAGCCAGUCUUGAAACGGAUCGUCAAGCUUUGAUCGAAGAAGAAAAAUUGCGUCGUCAAUAUGAUUCUAAUAAAAUUCAAGAAUUGACGGCUAAAGUUCAAAGACUGGAUUUGUUUUGCCGUGAAAAUACCAAAGAAUUACUUCAGAUCAAAAAAGAUCAGCGCACAGAAGAGCAGAAAAUGCACGAAGAACACGCUAAUUUAUUGCAAAAACUUCUUAAUUUAAAAGCGCAGCUCAACGAAGAAAAAGAACGGAAUGAUACAAUGGAAAGGACUGUUGAAAAUAGAAUUGCCAAAAAAAACGAAACUAUAAUGGCUGAACUAAGAAGACAAAUUGGCAAUUAUGAAGACGAAUUAAGAAUAUUAAAGACUGAACAAAAAAAUUCAGAGACUGGAUUCCGCCGAAAGAUUGCAAAUCUUUUAAAAAAGAUUGAUACUUUGACGGCAAAAAAACGACGCAAUUUUGAUUUGGAAGGAUUUACCAACGAUAUUUCUACGUUGAGAAAAGAGCUUAAAGGAUUAGAGAAACAGAUAUUAAAAUACGCCCCAAUUGACGAUCGAGAGUUGCAUUUAUUAACUUUAGCUCAAGAAACUGGUGAACACGUUGAAAAAGUGUCAAAACAGUUGCGAGAUCUUAAAGCUCAAGUAUAUACUACCGAGAAGGAAUUACACGAAUUGGUAUUUUAA